GCGUAGCCGGAGAGCCUGGGCGGCCGCUCCCGCCUGAAACUGCUGCUGUGCUGCUGCUGCUGCUGCGGCGGCGGCGGCUGCCCGUCCUUCCUGUAACGGCAGCGGAGGCGGCGGUUGCUCUAGACGCCCGCGGCGGUGGCCGCCGCGACCCCCGGUGGCGCGGAGAUGUGGCCCUUGGUGGCAGCGCUGUUGUUGGGAUCGUCGUGCAUCGGUUCAGCUCAGCUACUAUUGGAUAAGACCAGAUCUGUAGAAUACACCACUUGCAAUGAAACCGUUGUCAUCCCGUGCUUUGUCACUAAUGUGGGAGCACAAAACCCUGGGGAAAUGUAUGUGAAGUGGAAAUUUAACAGAACAUACAUUUUCAUCUAUGAUGGAAAUAGAAACAAUUCUACUGCAGAUAGCAACUUUUCCAGUGCCAAAAUCUCAGUCUCAGAAUUAAUCAAAGGAGAUGCAUCUUUGAAGCUGGAUAAGGCUGAUGCUGUUGUAGGAAACUACACAUGUGAAGUAACAGAAUUAAGUAGAGAAGGCGAAACAGUUGUCGAACUGAAGUAUCGUGUUGUUUCCUGGUUUUCUCCAAAUGAAAAUAUCCUCAUUGUUAUUUUCCCAAUUUUGGCUAUACUUCUGUUCUGGGGACAGUUUGGUCUUUUAACACUUAAAUACAAAUCCAAUCGUACAAAUAGGAAAAUCAUCCUCUUACUCAUUGCUGGAGUAGUACUCACCACCAUUGUUAUUGUUGGAGCCAUUCUCUUCAUCCCAGGAGAAUAUUCAGUAAAGAAUGCAUGUGGCCUUGGUCUCAUUGUAAUUUCUACUGGAAUGUUAGUAUCACUUCAGUACAAUGUAUUUAUGGCAGCUUUUGGGAUGACCUCCUUCACCAUUGCUAUAUUGAUCACUCAGGUGCUGGGCUAUGUGCUUGCUGUGGUUGGAUUGUGUCUCUGUAUCUUGGCAUGUGUACCAGUGCAUGGCCCACUAUUGAUUUCAGGUUUGGGCAUCAUAGCUCUAGCAGAAUUACUCGGACUAGUUUAUAUGAAGUUUGUGGCUUCCAAUCAGAGAACUAUACAACCUCCAAGGAAAGCUGUAGAGGAACCCCUUAAUGCAUUUAAAGAAUCAAAAGGAAUGAUGAACGAUGAAUAACUGAAGUGAAGUGGUGGACUCUGAUUUGGAAGCCGUAAAUGUGAAGGAAUACAAUUAUGUUUAAGUACCAUGGCCUUGAUGAGUCACUGUUGAAAAGAAGAAAACAAAAAAGUAACUGGUUUUCAUCUAUGAGAGAACAUAAGUCAUUGAUCCUUAAAUGCUUAUUACAGUUGUUUAUAUUCAAAGAAACUGUCACUUAGUUAAUAAAAGAAUUAUGAUCCGUGUUGUGUGCCCAAUUGA